GGCAGGAGCGCGGGGCCGACGGGCGGGACGUUGAGGGAACGGGCGAGCGCCGGCGAUGGGCCCCGCCGCGAGGCUGGCGGCGCUGCUGGCGGUGCUGGCUCUCCGGGCCGAGGACCCGGCAGGGGCAGCGGCGCGAGAGGACACGUUCUCGGCCCUGACCUGCGUGGCGCGCGCCCUGGCACCCGAGCGCCGGCUGCUGGGGCUGCUGCGGCGCUACCUGCGCGGGGAGGAGGCGCGACUGAGGGACCUGACCAGGUUCUAUGACAAGGUGCUUUCACUCCAUGAGGACCCAGCAGCCCCUGUGGCUAACCCUCUGCUUGCCUUUACUCUCAUCAAAAGGCUGCAGUCUGACUGGAGGAAUGUGGUGCAUAGCCUGGAGGCCAGUGAGAACAUCCAAGCUCUUAAGGAUGGUUAUGAGAAGGUGGAACAAGACCUCCCAGCCUUUGAGGACCUUGAAGGAGCAGCACGGGCCUUGAUGCGGCUGCAGGAUGUGUACAUGCUCAAUGUGAAGGGCCUGGCCCGAGGUGUCUUUCAGAGAGUCACUGGCUCUGACGUCACUGACUUGUACAGUCCCAGACGGAUCUUCUCCCUCACAGCAGAUGAUUGCUUCCAAGUAGGCAAGGUGGCCUAUGACAUGGGGGAUUACUACCAUGCCAUUCCAUGGCUGGAGGAGGCUGUCAGUCUCUUCCGAGGCUCUUAUGGGGAGUGGAAGACAGAGGAUGAAGCAAGCCUAGAAGAUGCCUUGGAUCACUUGGCCUUUGCCUGUUUCCAGGCAGGAAAUGUUUCGUGUGCCCUGAGCCUCUCCCGAGAGUUUCUUCUCUACAGCCCAGAAAAUAAGAGGAUGGCCAGGAAUGUGUUGAAAUAUGAAAGGCUCUUGGCAGAGAGCCCCCACCAGGCUAUAGCUGAGGCUGUCAUCCAGAGACCCAGAGUGCCCCACCUGCGGACUAGAGACACAUAUGAGGGGUUAUGUCAGACCCUGGGCUCCCAGCCCAUUCACUACCAGAUCCCUAGCCUCUACUGCUCCUAUGAGACCAAUUCCAGCCCCUACCUGCUUCUGCAGCCCAUCCGGAAGGAGAUCAUUCACCUAGAGCCCUAUGUUGCUCUCUAUCAUGACUUUGUCAGUGACUCAGAGGCUCAGAAAAUUCGCGAGCUUGCAGAACCAUGGCUCCAGAGAUCAGUGGUGGCAUCAGGGGAAAAGCAGUUGCAAGUGGAGUACCGUAUCAGCAAAAGUGCCUGGCUAAAGGACACUGUUGACCCAAUGCUGGUGACCCUUGACCACCGCAUCGCAGCCCUCACAGGCCUUGAUGUCCAGCCUCCCUACGCAGAGUAUCUCCAGGUGGUGAACUAUGGCAUUGGAGGGCACUAUGAGCCUCACUUUGACCAUGCUACGUCACCAAGCAGCCCCUUAUACAGAAUGAAGUCUGGAAACCGAGUUGCAACAUUUAUGAUCUAUCUGAGCUCAGUGGAAGCUGGAGGAGCCACGGCCUUCAUCUACGCCAACUUCAGCGUGCCUGUGGUUAAGAAUGCAGCACUGUUUUGGUGGAACCUGCAUAGGAGUGGUGAGGGGGACGGUGACACACUUCAUGCUGGCUGUCCUGUCCUGGUGGGAGAUAAGUGGGUGGCCAACAAGUGGAUACACGAGUAUGGACAGGAAUUCCGCAGACCCUGCGGCUCCAACCCGGAAGACUGAAGAUUUGUCAGAGCAGCUGCGGAGUCUUGCGG